AAAAGAGGUCAUUUUAAGCCACUAUUUGCUUAUGGUUCCAAUCCCGUUGCUUGUACCCAAUCAUUUGCAUAGACUUCCUCCAAUUACCCAGUGGUCACCGUUUAAUAUCGCUUUCUGAAUCCAGUUUAGAAGUCAUUAUUUAUAUGGCAUAUUCUGACGAAGACCAAAGUACCUAUCUAAAGGAUGUCUUCAAAUUUUACAAACACUUAAACUAUACACAUGAUGUUCGCGAACAAAUACGGAGAUACACUGACUCAACUUUCAAGGAAGCAGUAUUCACUAGGUUGCCGGAUUCACGUUCAGAUUGUUCAGUGCAGACUAUACCAACCGAAGAUUUUUUCAUAAUAAAGAACUUCUUCAGUCCAAUUGAAAUUAAAGAUUUAUGGCUUGCUGCACUGACAGAAUGGUGUCACUCGCCGACGGCUCAAUGUAAUUUGAGCACAAAUGUGUCUCAUAAUAAUCGUAUGUUAUUCAUUUUCACAACUUAUGCGAUAGGGAUUACUUGUACUGAUCCAUGGUAUUCUAAACUCCGUUGGAUAACUUUAGGCUAUCACUAUCAGUGGAGCGAAAGAAUUUACAAUGUAUCUAAAGUUGGUGAAUUUCCAUCGUUGCUGUAUGGGACUACAGUAAACAUUAUCAACUUCCUUAAGCAUUUAAUUGAAGAAGGAGAGAUUUCUUCUAGGAAUUCAUCUCGUCUUUUGGAACAGUGCCGAAAUUACACUCCAGAAGCGUCAAUUGUGAACUAUUAUCGAACAAAAACAACCAUGGGCUUCCAUUCUGAUGAUGCAGAAAUAGAUAAGGAAGCUCCUUUGGUUUCGAUUAGCGUUGGACCCACUGCAUUAUUCUUACUAGAAACAUCAGAAGCCAUCAAGUAUGAAUUCGACGUUUCAUUGCAUGGGAGUUUUAACCGAGCAGUUGACUAUGACCACGUACUACCGAUUUACCUUUGUCAUGGUGAUGUAGUAAUAAUGGCUGGUAAAAGUCGUCUGGCUCGUCAUGCAGUCCCAGUAAUUUUCUUCGAUGAUGAUACAGAGGUUGUGUCGAAAGGAGCUCUUCGUGUUAGUCAUGAUAUUUGUGAAAAAUUUUUAAAGCAAGAUCAUAAUGAUGAUGCGUGUACACACUGCCAAGAGUGUCUAACAUAUAUUAGGACUACACGUAUAAAUAUGAAUAUACGCCAAGUAAUGCCUGUUCAUAGAUAACGCGAAUGUUGAUAUUGUUUUAUUUUUCAAUUAUUCAGUAAAUUUUACUAUACGAUACAUUUCUAGUACUACAAUAAAUACCUUGUCUUUCGAAAAGCGUCAACUACUUCUUAAAUCUAGUCUAGCGAUUCUGUAUCGUUAUUUAUUUUAUGCUGUGUUUCAAGAGAUUACGAGUUCACCUAAUCUGCGAACGGGACGAAGACUCAGUUUCACAAGGACCAAAUAAGUUAACUAUUCCGAUGCAUCCCAGUCUCGCUAACUAAAGAGAGGAGUUCAGGUUCAGAAGAGGGGAAUGUAUUCCACAAGCAGUCAGAAGCCCGAACAACAAGCACAACUUAAACGCAUAUAUACAGCAUGAAAAAUAUCCUUGGGAAACGUUACAAAAUAGCAUAUGAAGAGACAACGAACCAGUGUGGGAAAUGAAAAUGGAAUGAGCGCUUUUGGCGCGAAAAAACUCAAAAUAUAAAAAUAAGAUAUUUACCUCGAGUUCUAGAGAUCUAACAUCGCCAACAUUUUAUCAACCCACCGCUUUAAUAAACAUACUUUUGCGACAAAAUGUGUUCUUUGAAAUGAAUCUCACACAUUUUACGGUUUAUUUUCUAAGCGUCACUGUCCAUAUGCAGUGUUUACUCCAAUUCAUAUCUAUUCGAUAUUAGGUUUGAAUGUAAGCUUAUCU